AUGGAGAUUCAACUUGACAUGCUUACCUACGACAUUUCAAAUGGACACUGUCUUCUCCGGUUUAUUCUAUCCAUCCGCACUAUACUCGACUGUCUUAAGAAUCGUAUUGCAACCUACAACCUUGCAGCUCGAAAAGCUGUCUUGUAUGAUAGCAUCCCAGGACCCCCAAAGUUUUCAGUCAGGGGAGGAAUCGAACUAGGUUCCCCGUUUGAAAUCUCAUCCGCACUCUAUAACACUUUAUCAAGCUUCGUAACAGCUGGACUCAAGUGGUUCUACCGGAUGGUUCAAGAAGACCACCAGUGGACUUAUUCCCUCCACGAUUGA